GUCAGUGUGAUUUCGAGCCCUCCUCAAAACACUGGGAGAGAGCGGACUCUGGUACAUGUCAAAAUUCGGAGAUAUAGCGGAGAGAAAUAGAGGAAAUGAGUCUGUCUCUGGUCGCCUCUCCUGCUUUGGCGAGUCUAAUUGCAUAGCACCGCUGGAGGAUAACACAACAAGGUGAGAUGAGGGACCGACUGUGUGAACUGCAGACCUUCACCACCAAGCCUGGUGAGGAGGAGCACAGGCCCGAGGAGAACCACAACCACACCACUGAGGAUGACGAGCAUCUGGAGCAACACGCCGUCGUGUUCGAGGGAGAAGACAUGAUGGACGGCAUCUACAGGGAGGCACAGGUGAUGAGGAAGGAGAUGCUGUUGCUGAAAAUGGACGUGAAGCGUCUUGGAAAGCAGAACACGAGGUUCCUCACAUCUGUCAGGAGGAUAAGCAGCAUCAAACGGGACUCCAACGCUCUGGGGAGGGACAUCAAGGCGAGAGGGGAGGCCAUUUAUGCACGGCUGGAGAAGAUGGGGAAGCUGAGCAAGGACCUUGAGGAGGAGCAUGGGCCUACCUCAGCUGUAGCUCGCAUGGUGCGUUCACAGUAUGUGUCUCUGACCAGCGACUUCCACAAUGCCAUAUCUGAAUACAAUGAGGCUGAGAUGCUCCAGAGGGAGAACUGCAAGACCCGCAUCCAGAGGCAAGCAGAGAUCAUGGGGAAGGAGGUGACCAGGGAGCAGAUAGACGAGAUGAUCGAGACAGGCAAGUGGAACGUCUUCUCUGACAAUAUACUUCUGGAGGGAAAGACUGCCAGAUCUGCUCUCAACGAGAUCGAGAACCGGCACAAGGAGCUCCUGGAGCUGGAGAGCCGCAUCAGAGACAUUCAAGAGCUUUUCUUCCAGAUGGCCAUGCUGGUGGAGGAGCAGGGCUGCAUGCUGGAUAACAUAGAAGCAAAUGUCAGUUCAACUCAGGACUAUGUUGUCAAGGCUGCAACUCAGAUCAAGAAAGCUGUGAAAUACAAGAAAAACAAUCCAUGCAAGAAACUCUUUUGUUGUUGCUUCCCUUGCUGCAAAUGAGGCCGCAUUAGUGUUAUUAUUUUUUUAAAUAUAUAUUUUAGAUUCAUAUUGGCUUCCCGUGCAAAGAUGCCUGCAAUGUUUUUCCUCUGGCGUGUGUAUUUAUUUAGCUUUAAAGAAGAAAUGGCUCCAUUUUAAAGCAGCAGCAGUGUCCAAAUGUCACACUCUACCAUUAUUUUCUUUACUGAGCCGGUCUGAGAACAAAGUCUACAGCAGUUUCAAACCACACGUUCAUAUGCAAAUGUGUACAGUGCGAUAUGGACAUUGUGUUUCCUGAUUGUUACUGAGAACAGCUUUAGCCUCAUUACUGUAAGGACAUCUACGCUAUUUUUUUAAUGCAUAACUCCCAGCCUUCUUGCCCUUUAACUUUCACCUGUGUACAUUGUUAUAUGAGAUAUUUAAGUGAUGUAAAGUAUGAUUUACUUGUAAAUAAAUGCCAUAGAGUGGCUAGUUCUGA